GCUUUCUACACUCAUCUGUUCAGAGGCAUCUUCUCCAGGCGACAAAGAGCAGACUCAACUUCAGACAAAGGCGGCAGAUCCGUGGGUGACUAAGUGGUCUUAGCGUCGUGCUUCCAAUCACUCCCAGACAAGGCUAUGGAUCGUGACACUCUACCACUACAAACCAUGGAUUUAUCCGCAAUAGUCAACCAAGAUGAGGGGCUGGUGCUACCGCGCCGGUCUAGCUCCAAUGCGCACGCAAUAUCACAACCGAGUCCUGUAUCCGCAUCCUCUAAGAUCCCAACGCCGACCUCGAGAGCUAUGCCGCUGAAGCGCAAGAGACACGAACCCAAGCCCAUAUGGGCCUACCGAGAGGGCGAGGAGCUACCCGAGGAGCUUCAAAAACUUCAAGAACAGCAGCGCCAGCAAGCCCGACCCCCUCCGCCGCCCGUACAGCCUUCGGCGCAUCACCAGGCUCCAGCGACCGCGCAGAGUAACGGACGGCCACCCACAGCCACCGGUGCCGCGCCGGUGGCCGUCCACGAACUCGCCGGGUACGAGCGACCUGUCUCGAAUAGUGCGCAUGUCUACGACGACGUUUCGCGCAGAGUGUGCGACUUCAUCUGGAACACGGCCAUUAGCAACGACAUCGUCCGUAAGGCCAUUGAAGAGUCGCCACACACACAACUCGAGGUCGAGGCGCGCUGGGGACAGAUAAUCGACAAGCACCGUGGGCCCGGUGGAGAGCGCCUGCGCGGCUUCCACGAUACAGAAUGCGUUAUCCGCAAGACCGACAACCUGGACCUCAAGUUUGAAAGCACAAUGACGAUGGAGCAACACAAGCGCAUGAACAUGUAUCUAAAUGGCCAGGUGCAGAAAUCGUUGCCCGGCUCGAAGGAGAACCGUCCCGAGGUCAAGUACCACCAUACCAGGGAGAUCGACCAGUUCUACGAGCUGGGACAGGCAGGAUUCGACCAGCUUCCUUUCGCAGUGAGGCAAUUGAUAGCGCAAACCGGCAAACAUGAGCGUGUGCGUGUAUCAAAGGAUGCAAAGACAGGAGAAGUCCUCCGGAAGAUGAUCAAGUUGCGUAUCGCCAAUCUCGAAAUCAGCUCCCCUCAGACCGAAUGGGACUACCGCAUUGGCAUCAAUCUCGAAAUCAACUACCCCGGGGCGAUCGAGGAGCUAGAACCCAGCACCGAGCCUGGGAAGUCACUGCGGGACAUGCAGCGUCAGAAGGACCGUAUGUCCUACUCAUGGCUCGGCGCAUACCAGAUCGAUCUGACACAGGUUGUGCAAGGGCCGAGUAAAAACCAUGAGCUCGAGCUGGAACUCGACUCGGGCGUGCUGUUGAGAGAGGCAGACAAAGCGCGAGGGCAGGGUGUGAGCGGCUUCGAGCCCUUGAUCAAUGGCAUGCUCAACAACCUGCGUGUUCUGUCACGCGAGAUCACACCUCAGGGUCCUGGGCACUAAAGACGAAGAUGAUGUACGGUUACUAUGAUAUUGCCAUGGCGUUUGUGAAUAGGUGGGACGCGGCAUUGGGGGCGGAGUUCAAUGCGUGAUAAUAAGAUACCCAUUCUUACUGCGGCACUUGGUCGCAGUGCUCACAUCG